GAAGUGAGCAGGCUGAAAGGGAAAGAGAAACAGGACCGGGCCCAGGUUCGCGUCAGGACGGGACAACACAACACAACACAGCACAGAACAAGCCGGGCCAGAACACGGAGAUUACUCAACACUUGCUCUUAGUUAUCAUCUGGCGCUCUGCGGAGGAGGAUUUAUCGCGGCGGUGAUUUAGCCUGUGUGUGUGAGUGUGAGAGAGACAGACAGGGAGGAAUACUCCACCUGUAAACCCACCCCCGAGCACCAGAACAAUAGUGACACAGCGGAGAGUUCGCGUUAGCAUCAGCGCUAGCCGUGUUUAUUUAUCUACUCUUCUCUUCCUCACACACUAAACACACUCAUCUCUUCUGCUCCGAUUCAGCACUGAGACCGAGCUCUGACACAAUGACAUCGAGGAAGAAAGUUCUGCUGAAAGUGAUCAUCCUCGGGGACUCGGGAGUGGGCAAGACCUCUCUGAUGAACCAGUAUGUGAAUAAGAAGUUUAGCAAUCAGUACAAAGCUACAAUAGGAGCUGACUUCCUGACAAAAGAGGUGAUGGUGGACGAUCGACUUGUCACAAUGCAGAUUUGGGACACGGCAGGUCAGGAGCGUUUCCAGUCUCUGGGCGUGGCGUUCUACCGCGGCGCAGACUGCUGCGUGCUCGUCUUCGACGUCACAGCACCGAACACCUUCAAGACGCUGGACAGCUGGAGGGACGAGUUUCUGAUCCAGGCCAGCCCUCGUGACCCCGAGAACUUCCCCUUCGUCGUGCUCGGGAACAAAAUCGACCUGGAGAACAGACAGGUAACCACUAAGCGAGCACAAGCCUGGUGCCAGAGCAAGAACAACAUCCCCUACUUUGAGACCAGCGCCAAGGAGGCCAUCAACGUAGAACAGGCUUUCCAGACCAUCGCACGCAACGCACUCAAACAGGAAACCGAAGUGGAGUUGUACAACGAAUUCCCCGAGCCGAUCAAGCUGGACAGAAACGAGAGAGCCAAGCCAUCUGCGGAGAGCUGCAGCUGCUGAAUACGUACAGGGGGCGCUAGUGAUCACCCUUCACCCUCUCUAGCCUUGUUCCUCCUCCUUCUUCUUUACACAGCUGUCUUUUCUCUCUCUCUUUCUCUCUCUCCCAAUUUCUUGUCUUUUCUUCCUCUUUAUUCCCAGUUUCCCUCAAUGUAAUCACUGGCCUUCAUAGAGCAGGCAGGCUUCCUCUUCUAGAAUAUACCCAAUACAAAUUUGCGCGCACGCAGCAGUGCUCAACGGGGCUUCACUUAAAGCCCAAAGAGAUCAUUAUGAAGAGUUUUGGUGCACAAGUGUUUUCAGGCCCUCGGUAGCUCUUUUAAUUGUAAUUUUGCCAAUAGUAGUCCUAACACCCUUCUUCAGACUUCCUUCAGUUUCAACCACACACACACACACACACACACACACACACACACACACACACACACACACACACACACACACGGAGUCCAUUCUGAAACACUCAACACUUGAAUGCUUUCUGAGACUUUUUAUAUAUACACCACCAUGCUAAACUGGAACCUGUAAGAUGUGAUGCAGAUCGAUGGGGCUGUGUAAUAUGCCGAUGUAUUAAAGCUCUGUGUUGCUAUCA